AUGCAACUCAAAACUAUCCUCCUGGCCCUCACCAGCACAGCCCUCGUGCUUGCCGACGACAAAGCCACCACCACCACCACAGCGCCCUACUUCGGGGCGGAGGUAUCCUUCUGGCAGCCGACGUACUCGGGCAUAGCAGGCAGCGUGGCGGGGAUCAACGCGCGGGAAACCACCUACCACAUCAGCUGCACGAAGGACGCACCGAAGUCGCUCUGCCAAAUCGACAAGCCGUGGACCAUGAUCCAGGCGCAGGAUUCCUGGAGCCUGACGGGCGUCUACACAGCCUGGAGCAGUGAGAAGGAUGCCGUGACGGCCACGCAGGACUACUCCUGUACGUUCACGCACUGGUCGGAGUCGGCGUCUUGUGCGUUGACGGUGCAGGCCACGGGCACGUGGGGAGGCGGGUCCUGGUCGAGUUCCACGUCCACCAAGGCCAGUGUCGCCAGUGAUAGGGUUACCACCUGGGGCCUGUUGGUUACCGGGGGUGUCGAGUCCUUCACGAUGCCCCAGGCGACGCAGACUCCUGGCGCUGCGGUUGUGGGCGUGCCCGUUAAUGCGAGGGCCGUUGCUACUGGUUUGCCUCUUGCUGGGGCGGCGGCUGUUGCUGUUGCUGCGAUGUUUUAA